CUGACUGAAGAGGGCACUAGACAGAUAUAAGCAUCCGCGUGCUUCGCUUUGAUCACCACAGCUGAGGCUGAGUGCUGAAGGAGCGUGCUUGUGACAGAGAUCUGCAAAAUGGACGUGGACGAGUUCCGCAAGCGAGGGAAGGAGAUGGUCGACUACAUUGCCGACUACUUGGGGAACAUUGAGCAGAGGCAGGUUUACCCUGACGUCCAGCCCGGGUACCUGAGGUCGCUCAUCCCAGAGGAGGCUCCGGAGGAGCCGGACAUGUAUGAGGAUGUGGUCAGGGAUAUCGAGAGGGUCAUAAUGCCAGGGGUGACACACUGGCACAGCCCCUACUUCUUCGCCUACUUUCCGACAGGGAACUCCUACCCCGCCAUGCUGGCCGACAUGCUAUCUGGGGCCAUUGGCUGCAUCGGCUUUUCAUGGGCUGCUAGUCCCGCCUGCACCGAGCUGGAGACGGUCAUGUUGGACUGGCUUGGCAAGAUGCUUCGGUUGCCGGGAGACUUCUUGGCGGGGACAGAGGGAGAAGGCGGCGGGGUCAUACAGGGUACAGCGAGCGAGGCCACCUUGGUAGCUCUGCUGGCCGCUCGCUCCAAGAUCAUCAGACUCAUCCAGUCUGACAGCCCAGAGCGCACGGAGGUUGAAAUCACAUCCAAACUGGUGGCCUAUUCCUCUGACCAGGCGCACUCCUCAGUGGAACGGGCUGGUCUCAUCGGGGGUGUGACGAUGAGGAAGAUCCCCACUGAUGACAAGUUUGCACUUCGAGGAGAAACAUUCAGGAAGGUGCUGGAGGAAGACAAGAGGGCAGGACUCAUCCCCUUUUAUCUGUGUGCUACCCUGGGGACCACUCCAUCCUGUGCAUUUGACAACAUAAUUGAACUGGGUCCCAUAUGUACCUCGGAGAGCGUCUGGAUGCACGUUGACGCAGCCUACGCAGGCAGUGCCUUCAUCUGUCCUGAAUUCAGGCCCCUUCUCAAUGGUGUAGAGUUUGCGGAUUCCUUCAACUUUAAUCCUCACAAGUGGCUCUUGGUCAAUUUUGACUGCUCUGCCAUGUGGGUGAAGAAUCGAUCCGACAUCAUUGGUGCUUUCAAGAUGGACCCACUGUAUCUAAAACACGAUCACCAGGAGUCAGGGCUGGUGACAGACUACAGACACUGGCAGAUUCCACUGGGCCGGCGAUUCCGCUCCCUGAAGAUGUGGUUUGUCUUCCGGAUGUAUGGGCUAAAAGGCCUGCAAGCCUAUAUCCGAAAGCACGUGGCCCUUGCCAAGGAGUUUGAGGGGCUUGUUCUGGCUGACGGGCGCUUUGAGAUCAGCGCGGAUGUCAUCCUGGGUCUUGUCUGCUUCAGACUCAAGGGAUCUAACGAUCUAAACGAGACCCUGCUGAAGCGCAUUAACAGUGCCAGGCGGAUACACCUGGUCCCCUGCCAACUAGAGGGCAAAUUCGUGCUGCGCUUUGCCAUCUGUGCCCGCACCAUCGAGUCCCGGCACGUGCAGGAAGCCUGGGCACACAUCGUCCAGGUGGCCUCGGAGCUGUAGCUGCUCACCUCUCACAGCAGCGACCUGGCCAUACCUUCACCUGUGUGUCUGCAUAUUCAUGUCGAGUAUGAAGAGAAAGUGUCAUAUUGUUUGUGAACUGCAGGGGGCACAGUUUGGUAACACAUUUUUAAAGACAGAAAUCAACAGAAAUCAAAAACAAAAAUUAGGUUUGAACUGGUUUGAAUCUUUGAGUGCGGUGAAAGAAUUUUAUUCAAAAAAUCUAAUUGGUUUGUAAAAAAUGACUGUUUAUAACCUGAAUGACAGAUGGGGCCUGGGUCCCAGUGAUGCUGUUCUGGUCAGUUUACACUGCAGUUACCCAACCCAGUCCUCGGACAUCCACAGCCGGUCCACAUUUUUGCUUCCUCCCAACUCCCUACCAGACACACUACAUUUUUGCUCCCUCCCAGCUCCCAGUAAGCAAAAUCAUGGACUCUCUGCAGGUCCCCAUGGACUGGAUAGGGAAACAAUGGUCUGCAGGGCUGCAUCUUAAAGGGAUGCUCCUCCCCCCUACCUCCAAAUCCCCAUCAGCGACAGGCCAGCCUUUCUAAAGAUAUAGAUAGGAUCUGACAUGAGGAGAGGUCAGGUCAGUUUAUCCAGCUGCUUGAAUUCUUUAGCCAGCUUCAGGUGGCUGCGGUAGGACCAGAGAAGGGCAGGAGUGUGUCAGAUUAUCAAGAUUAUUAUCCUUGAUUAACACAGUUAAUCAGUUGGCAAUCAGGAACUUCCUGUUCUCUGUGUUUACAGUAACCACUUCUGAGGUACCAAAUAGCCAGCAGAUCGGCCUUAAUGCUGCAUGCAUUAGCCAGGCCAUUUCCGUUAUGUUUUUGCAGAUUAUACCAAUAUCUGCAAAAAAAAAUAGGCAGCCAUGUUAUUCUGUGUGAUGUACAUAAUCUCUGUGAUGUGUAUCGUCUGUUUCUCUGGCUUUCAGGAAUAAAGUACAAAGAGAGUAAAAACAUCCCACAACUAGUUAUCAAUGUACUGAUGCGAAAGCAUUGGUGUUACAGCUCUGUGAUGAGUGGUAUCUGGAACCACCUGGUUUGAGAAUCAGCGCUAAAACAACGUUCAGCGUUCAAUGUGGAAAUGAAUGCCUUCAUAAGUGCUUAUUUCAUAACUGGAUGUAUAAAAUGCAGUCUGCAUUAAUGUUUUAAUGUUCAUAAGAAGUAUAUAAAAUGCAUAUCUAAAAUGCCUGUUAUGGAUACAUUACUUAGUUGUGAGCUGCGUUUAGAACAUCCCAAAAAAAAAAACUCCCAUGAAUGUAAAAUUUUGGAUGCCCAAACACUUUACUGAUUGUCUGAUAUUUGAUUACAGGUCAAUAAAACGGUAACACGAUACAAACCAAGGUAUGAUUUUGUUAGAACAGAAUUACUGAUGCAGUAUUGUGCUUAUUUACAAAAGGAAAACAAUGAUGAUUUUAUUUUUAACAUCACAGUUGGCUGCCAGACCCCUUGUAAUAUACUGUCUCUGCAAACAGCCCAUCUUGUGUAACAGGGCGGGUCCCCGUGCGGCUCUGCUCUGCGGCUCUGCUUCCAGGCAUCCGCACCAGUUCCCAGCUCCCUCCUGAAUCAGUGUCUACUUUUCCGGAGCUGCAGUGUUAAUGAGUCUCAGUGCAGCACAGGGGAAAAUGCUGCGCUUGUCCUGCUUGGUCGAGUUUUUUGUCCUCAUCAUCACAGCCCUGUUUGAUUCCGAAUGAGUACAAGUUGUAAAUGUAACUCCUCCCCAUGUGAUUUACCUGUUUUUAUUGCUUACACUGUUUACAGCAGUGUGGGACUGGAGGUGCCGUUGGCGCAGGGUCAUAAACAUGUAGAUUCCCCAAGAAAAUACAACUGGUGUGCAUAUGUGCUGCAGUGUUAAAGAAAUAAAUAUUGUUAUAUCA